AUGAACAAGGUGCCCCCUAAACAAAAGAUCAGCCAGAGCAACGAAUACCUGGACUUUGUCUUCACCCUCAUCCAGACUGGCAAGGCCAUGCGGGAAACCAUCUCAUAUAAGCACUACUUCCUUCUCCUGGGGUAG